AUGUCCUUCACUUCGAGACAAUACACAAAAUUUCCAAUAUAUUCUCCGGAGCGGGCCUAUGCUGCAGAGGAGCAGCUUACGUCGUGGCGAGCAAGAAGUGCUGCACCCAUCGCGCCUUUAGACAUUGAGGCUGCAGUGGCUCUACCGCGAGUGGAUAAGGGAACGUGGACGGGAUGUCAGUCAUCAGAUACGCUGUGGGAAGAUACAGCAGUCGAGGCAUCACAAGGCAAUAGCUUUUUCGAUUAUGAUGAUGACAGUAAGAGCAGCAAGUCGGUGGCAACCUCAAAGUCAGCGGCAACAUCACUUCAUCCUCUUCACCCAUGCUACUCUGGACAUAAACGCAUAGGCAAAUUCGACGAAAAAGCACCACCAGUGCCUCCACUACCCACACCAGAAGGGCCGCUGCUUUCUUUUCCGCGCCAGGUUGCCUUGAUAGCCGUAUGCUGCUCGGCACAAUUCUUGAAUCUAGCGGGCAUGAACCAAACCGUAGCGUCCGUCAUGAUUCUUUCCCACUAUUUCGAUAUUCGAGAUUACGGAACGUUAAGCUGGUUCAGCGCAGCUUAUAGCAUGUCUGUCGGUACUUUCAUUCUCCCUGCAGGACGACUGGGAGACAUGUAUGGACAUAAGCGGAUCUUCAUACUCGGCUGGACUUGGUUCGCUCUAUGGUCUUUCAUUACUGGGUUUUCGUAUACGUCUUCCAACAUCAUCCUGUUUAGCGUAUGCCGUGCUUUUCAAGGCAUCGGCCCUGCACUGUUGGUUCCGAACGCCAUUGCCAUUUUAGCGCGCAAUUUCGCUGUCGGUAAUCCACGCAACACUGCAUUUGCUUGCUUUGGUGCCGCGGGCCCAACAGGAGCUACCGCUGGUGCAGUUUUCACUGCCGUGGUUGCGCAGCUUUCUUGGUGGCCAUGGUGCUUCUGGAUUCUUUCGGCUGUUUGCUUGCUGGUUGCUGCGCUUGCCGUAUUUAUUGUGCCUGGAGCGCCAGCCGACCUCUUCAAGAGCUCCCGCACGAACAUGAAACUAACUUUCGACUACUGGGGUUUCUUCACUGGAGUGUGCGGUCUUGUGCUAGUUAACCUAGCCCUCAACCAGGCACCUUUGGUUGGGUGGACGACAUGGUACAUCCCAUCACUGCUAAUUCUCGGAAGUGCAUUCCUUUGGACCUUUGUGAUUGUGGAACUGAAUUUCACAGCUGACCCUCUCAUCCCCAUCAGAGGACUCGGAAAGGAUGCCUAUUUCGCCUUAGGUUGUAUUGCUGCUGGUUGGGGAUCACAUGGUAUUUGGGCAUACUACCUUUACCUAUUUCUUGAACAAGUUAAAGGGCACAGUGCUCUUUUGUCAUCUGCCAUGACUUCACCAGUUGCAGUUACGGGUAUUCUAUUUGCACUUUCAUCUGUGUGGUUGGUAAAGCAUAUCGGCGUUGCAUGGACCAUGUUCGUGGCUAUGACAAAUUUUCUGAUCGGCUCACUCCUCAUCGGUACUGUGCCCUUACACCAAACAUAUUGGGCUCAGGUUUUCUUAUCCAUAAUCAUCAUGCCAGGAGCCAUGAAUCUUUCUUUCCCUUCAGCGACAAUGCUACUCAGCAGUGCGCUGCCAAAGGAGAAACAGGGUAUUGCAGCUAGCCUGGUCAGUACAUUGGUAAACUAUUGUAUAUCCUGCGGGCUUGGCUUAGCUGGCUCCAUUCAUAGACAAUUCUUUGAACGUGCAGCAAGAAAUCACAAUAUCGCACUCAAUCCAACGACGCUUCCGCCGCUCACUGAAGAGGGAGAUGCAAUCAACGCGGCCAGAAUCGAAUCUUUCAGAGGGCCAUGGAUAUUUGCCUGUGCUUUGAGCGCUAUGGGAGUUUUUAUUGCAGCAGCAUUCAUAUUUCGAACACAGGCUGUGUGUCGUGAGAAGCCUACGAUGUUGAGAGAAUGGAUAUCUCUCCGUCUAACUCUCUGA